GAAGAUAGCUCAUGUUACGAGAUCGAGAGGAAUCGGGCCGCGCAUCUGUAUGUUGAGAAGUCGCCAGGAAACCUAAAGCGAGUUACUGACUAUGAGAGAAGCAACGAGCAAAAGCAACUCGAACUCGACUACUUAUAAGUUUCGCAAGAGUGAUGUGAGAGUGAGAGUACGGGUACUAUUUCUUACGAGAUCGGAACUCUCCCACAACCACUACGUAAUGAAACACGGAAUCGGAAAAAAUAAAAGAAGUUAAGUACUCAUUCUUUUCUCAUAUUCGUGUUCGGGACAACAAGGCAUUUCUCGGCAACUUUAUUUGCCUCAGUCAUUUGACAGUAAGCAGCUUGAGGUUCAUGAAUUUGAAGAAGCGAACCACUGAUAGGGUUAGAGAUACAACUAACGAUAGGUGGACAGAUUCACCAAAAAAAUAUUUCCUUGGGUGAAGUCGAUGCGUACGAAUAAACUUAAAUUUGUUGCUGAUUUCAAAGUCAUAUAAGUACGUCAGGAAUAGAAGUUUUCUUUGAACAACAAGUAUUGAAAUUAAUAGCAAGAACCAAGAAAAUGGGCAAGGCGAAGACCGAAAAGAGCGCUGCGCGCAAUACGGACGCGGCCACGUCAGCGAUGCGCACGGGGACAACGACGCAGCAGGAGAAGCCGCAGAAUCAGGUGAAAGGAGCCAAGUUCAAAACCACCAAAAUUUCACCAAAUAGCAUGGGCACCAAUGUUUCGCGCGUCAUCAACGACGAAGCGAUGCUCUUGGAGAAGAUAUCUUCCAUUCCGACAAUGUGCACACUCUUCGCAAUCUUUGCAGGCCCGAUCGGCUUUUUCGGUUUACAAGGUAGGAAAUGAUUUUUUUUUUCAUUCUGUUUAGUUCCGUAGAAGUCUUCUAAUAGAAGAUCAACUAGUUCUCAUCUUCUUGUUCUUUGCAUGGUUAGCACUAGGAUCAGCUUCUUCUUAGACGCAAUCGUGACAUGAUUAAAGAUCUUCAUUGCACUUUCCUGCGCACGUGCUCGACAGGUAGCAGCGAGCUCGGAACAUGUGCCGAGAAGAAUGACGCUUGCAUGUCGAGUUGCAUGGCAGAUUGGACAGAAUCGGUAGCAGGUCUGCGAGGCGCGAACAAGUUUGCAGUACAGCAAGCGGCGGACGGCACGCUUGCGGUCUGUGAGUCUAGGUGUCAGGAAGUCAAAAGUCAAUGCGAUUUCGAAGCAAUGCUAAAGAUUUUGGCAUGUUUGGGACUGGCGGGCAUUGUUUUAUGCGUCGCACUGCGAGCGAAUGUCAACUACUUCGUGGACCAAAAUAUCGCGGCGAUGGAACAAACAAUAGCAGAGGAAGCAGCUGAAAUGACCCGGAAAGCAAAGAAGGAAGAGCAGAAAGGCUCCGGAGCAGCAUCACCAGGUCGGAAAAAAGGAACAAAAUUACGGCCUCCGGUUAGAACAAGCACAUACAGGUACAGCCUUGAUUAGAGUGAGAGUAAGAUUUGGAGAUGGUCAAGAUACUGUCCAUACUCUGGUAUGUAUCGUGUAUUCAUAGGUGAGAUUGUGGUCCAAGGGCGAAACUGACUUCGUAACUGAAAGACAGGUCUUCGCUGGAGAACACUUAAGCGUGUUCUUACUCACACCAGAUCUGCGUCCCUGUCUGUCAUUGUCCCUUUUCUCUCCCUCCCUUGGCCAACGCUAAUUCUCGCAAACCGUGAUGUGCGUCCCUGUUUGUCAUUGUCCCUUUUCUCUCCCUCCCUUGGCCAGUGCUAAUUCUCGCAAACCGUGAUGAAGAUGCGGGGGCCGACAUUGAGGUGCGGUCACAUCAUUCUGGUGGCAGCGGUUCGCGUGGCGGUGGUGAGGGGGCAGGAGGGACGUCUGCACCCUCGGACAGUAAAGCCUACUCCUCGACAGGCCGGAGUGAAGAAUCAAGCGCGCUCUCAGCAAAUGUGAUCAAGUUAUGGCCGGGAUUGUACUUAGCUGAUAUACUUCUUCAGCAGAAUUUCACAAAGAUGGAAUACGAGUGACGCAUUAUAAGGGACGAGUGUGAGAAAGAGAUGAAGAAGAUCAUUAUAAUGCAGGGAGGAUGAAUUGAAAACCUAAUCCUUGUAGUUUCCUCUUCUUCCAACGGUAGAGAUAGUUAGAGUGUACUAGGUGUACCUGUUCCUGUUGUACUAGAAAAAGUAGUAGGCCGUCUUCUCGAAACGAAACCCAAAAGUAGAAGAAAAAAUAGUCGUGACUAGAAGCAUCAUGGUAAAACUCUUAACGACCAUCACGUAUAUGCACUUCAGUUGUACAAUGAGAGCACAAGAACCUCCUGUCUUUUUCUCCUAAUGCAUGGGAGCCAGUUGGAGGAUAUGCUGCACUCGAAAACUGUCGGCCGCAACCCCUACAUCGUGAAGAAAUUUACGGGUUCGCGAGACCAGAAGACGAAGUGUCCGUAUUGUCUCCUCGAAUUUUAUCAGCUUGUCAGCUACGACUUACUGCAAGGAACCCUGAGUAGCAGUCCGGUGGUUUGCUUGGGAUGCGGAGAAGUCAUUUCCGGCUUCAUCUGAUGAAAGUAGACAAGAACAUCAACAAAAUAUCGACUUGACGUGGUGAAGUCACGACGAAGGUGGCUUCGGGUUUCUGCUAUAAUUGGCUAUCGGCUCCAUCGUCCUCCCGCCGCCAUCGACAAUACUGUCUCGGGCGACGCCCGAUACGUCGAUGCUAUCUCGGUCACUACAGGAGUUGAGGACAUUGACAUCUCCUUGCAUUCGCGGUUUCCUCGGACCGCCUCGUCGUGGGCUCGUGUCUGCCUGGGUGGAAGCGCGCGGAUGCAUCGAUUUUUCACUGAUGUCAGGAACCAUGAUGACAAUGUCGCACCUUCUGUAGCGGGCUUGCAGAGCGCGCGCACUAGCGGGUUUGCGGUGAUCUUCCUUCUAGUAUUUCGUUGCGGUACUAACUAAGCAGCGACUAACCGCUAUCGACCUGGGACUAGUAGCUUCGAGAGAAAAACGGCGUGGCGACCAGAGCGCAAAAACGCUAGGACUGAAAAACAUGUGAGUAGUGUAACUGAUACUGUGCUGUCAUCGGUCUUUCGCCGGGAGCAGGUAACCGCAUGGACACGCGACAUCGAGUUCGACGUGAUGGUCGCUCAAAAUGUAUCCCUAGUUAGCACCAUCAAGCUGGUGACAACAACAUAACAUGAUCCGACGAUGUGCAAUUUUUCUUCUUUUCUUUUUCUUCCUGUUUUCUCUUGAUUCUUAUUUGCUCCGCUAAAAAUUUUGAAUUCGGAUUCCCAGCACCUUUCCAGAUACAGAUUGUAUCUAUUGGUUGCCUAUGAAUAAUUCCAUUACCAUUUUUACAACUUAAUUAUUUAGUCGACUAUUUAUUACUGAAAAGGAAAACGUUCAUGCCGGCGGACACUUAUCGUCACGACAUCUAUGUAUAUGAUCGGCCAUAAGUAAGUACGUGGCCGCAACACAGCACAGCGUUACUUGUCGUCUUCUUGCGAUUAUUUCUAUCUAUGAGCAUUUGACUACUUGUCCAAGCAUCCUCGGAAGUAGAAAGGAAUGUGUCUUCGUUGUCAUUCAUGAUGAUCAGUCGCGAUGAGACAUGUGUUGCUCUUUUAAGAACAAAACAUCGAGGAGAACAAGACCAAGAAGAGCAUCGCGAGAGUAUCUCCUCCAACCUCCUAAUAAUUUC